AGUGAACGGAAGCGGCUCCGCACUAAAGUUUAAGAAAACCUCCUUCAGGUCUUUGGUCUUUUCGUUCUUUGGACCGGCUUUAGUUGUGUGUUUGCAGGUCCGAACCCGGGAGCACUCAGCAGAAGUUCGGGAGUUGAUUCCAGUUUCUUCAGUGCCUCGGUCGCCCAUCUGUCUCUCUCUCCUCCAGCAGCCGUGAACCACAUGGACCACAGCAACCACAUGAAUCACAGUGCCAUGGAGACAGACCACAGCCACAGUCAUCCCACUACGACCACCACCACUGGACACAACCAUGGAGGAGGAGACACUGGGGGACAUGGAGGCAUGGCAAUGACCUUCUACUUUGGCUGCAGUGAUGUGAAGCUGCUGUUUACUGGGCUGGUCAUCAACACACCUGGAGAGAUGGUUGGGGCCUGUAUUGGUGUGUUCCUAUUGGCUGUUCUCUACGAGGGCUUGAAGAUUGGUCGGGAGAUCCUGCUGCGUCGCAGUCAGGUUAACGUGCGCUACAACUCCAUGCCUCUACCUGGAGCUGAUGGGACGAUGCUAAUGGAAACACACAAGACUGUUGGGCAGAGGAUGCUAAGCCCCGCCCACUUCCUGCAGACUUUCCUCCACAUCAUCCAGGUGGUGGUCAGCUAUGUCCUGAUGCUCGUCUUCAUGACCUACAACGCCUACCUGUGCAUCGCCGUGGCAGCUGGCGCCGGAAUGGGCUACUUCCUGUUCAGCUGGCAGAAGGCGGUGGUGGUGGACAUCACGGAGCACUGUCACUAACGACCGCUCUAAUUAGCUUCAAGGUUAUACCUCUGUAGCAAUCACCAUGGUAACGUCUUGUCAUACUGUAGGUUAGUGAUCAACCCGUGAAGAUGGUGAGCCAUCGUUGUUGGGUUCUCCUGCUUAAAUUUCAUGUCCUGCAGAUGACUGAGACAGCCAAUCAGAGCCCAGAUCACAUCAGGAGUUCCUGAUAUUUGUUUUUGUUUAAUUUUUCCGUGCCAUGAGAACCUUGAGUCUACAUGGCUCUUAGUCAGCAGCCACCAAUCACCAAACAGAACACGAUCAAUGCUUUGGUCCUUAGAGAGUGAAGAUCAGGGACCUAUAGGUUAGCUUCACACAGUAAAAACAUUUCAGAACAGGAGAACCUCUUGAGGUAUUUUACUGUAAUUAGUUUUAGUUUACAUUUUCACGAUAAACUUUUUUGUUCUAAGAAAAAAAAUUCAGUUACAUUUUUAUUGAAGAUAUUUAAAAAAUCCUAAAUGUCAUUUAUUCUAAUAAUUUUUCUGUAGACUCCAGCAGUCAGGGAGAACUUAUCUGAUCGUUGGUUUAUUUGUCGCCGCCAUCGGCCUUAAAGCCGCCGCCCACUGCCUUACUGUGACGACCUCCACACUCUGUGUCGUCAUGGAGACGGAGAUGCCUCAGUGUUGGCCUUUUAGCCAAGUAAGGAUCAAUUACUAUGAGAGAGUUGUUGACCUGUUGACACCGGGUUGGGCCGAGCUACACGUGGACCAAUGAGAUUACAGGGAUGGAUCAGUUUCUGGGUUUCUUUGUUACUCUGACCAACAUCACAUUCUCUCUGAUUGGCUGGUUUUUAAUUGAAUGCAGGGAGAGGUGGAUCCAGAUCAGGACAUAAACGGAGGAAAACACUAAAACUGAAACAAGCUGCUGUUGUUGAACACUGUGGAUCAGACAGAACCAAGCAGCUUUUACCAUCUUAUUCACGUCUGUCUUUAGAGAUAUUGAUUAUUUGUUUUCAUCGAUCGAAGCUUUCCUGAUCAGAACUUCACCUGUUUGUGUUUGACCUUCUGAUGACAGCAGGACCAACAGCGCCACUCAUAUCAGCUGUUGGAGUGAGUGAAUGAGUUUAAAGUGGCCAUGCAAGGUUCUGUAAGCCGGUGUCGUCUCAGUCCGAUGUUUAACGUUGUGAAGGAAAACUUUUACUCUGAUGCCUGAAAUUAAUUUAAAUGUCUCAGAUGCUGGAAUCAUAAAAACAGAAUAAAGUUUAUGUGGAAGCAAA